UUUCGAUUUAAACAACUGAAUGUGGUGGCGAUGAAAUAACGUCCAGAAUGGAAGUCACGAAGGAUUAUGCGAGGAGGAGGAGGGAAAAAGAGACGAACAUACUGAGCACAAGGCGGGGAAGUAUAACUGGGGAACGCCCAAACUUGGGUGAGCUGAGAAUUGUCUUGCUGGGGAAGGAUGCACUAGCAAACACCAGAGUUAGAAACUUUCUCCUGAGAAUAGAUGAGAGUGAAACACCUCCAGCUGAUGUAGAGCAGCUCACCAAGAGUAGAAGACAACUGGAUUACAGAAACAUCACAGUCAUCAACAGUCCUCACCUACUACAGACAAAUCUCCCAUACCGUCAGGUCACUCAGCGAGUGAGAGAGUGUGUGUGUUUGUCUGAUCCAGGACCUCAUGUGAUCAUACUUGUACUGCAGCAUAAUUACUUUGGCAAGGAUAAUAUAGAGGAAGUUAAAUCUUUGCUAGAAUAUUUCAGUGAGAACGCGAUUAAGCACACAAUGGUGCUGACCACUGAUACAGAGACACCAAGCUCCCCACUGGCUUCAGCGAUAAAGACUGAUGAUAUGCAUCAAUUGAUAAAGGAAUGUGGAGGAGGACAUCUCCAGUUUGAUCAAACAAAACCAGAAUGUCACUCAGAGAUCAUUCAAAGAGUGGAGAAGAUAACGCAAAAAUAUGGAGAGUUUCUCAGAUGUGAGAUAUUUGAUGAUGCAGAAGAAGGAACAUCAAUAAAUGAAGAGCAGAGAACGUCUGAGGGGUUAGUCAGACAGGAAGAGGAAAAGGAAGAAGAUACUACUCAUGAAGAGGCAGAAAAAGCCAAAGAAAGCCAUAAGAAGGGAAACGAUGGAGGAGGUGUUCUAGGUUAUUUUUGGAGUAAAAGAGAGCAAAGCCCAGAGUACAUUCACCCAAAUUCAACUGUUCCUGGAAAAGCUAAAUUGAACUUGGUUCUGUGUGGACAUGAUGAAAAACUUAAGGCCACCGUGUCCAAAAUUUUACGAGGGAAACCUUUAUCAGUAUUUCACAGAGAGUCUACCUUAGUGAGUGUGAAAAAAGAGGAGAAGAUACAUGGACGGCACAUCACUGUAGUGGAGCUUCCAGCUCUCACCAAGCUCUCGGAGGAUGAAGUGAUAAAUCAAACUCUCCGCUGUGUGUCUCUUUGUGAUUCUAGAGUUCAUCUUUUUCUUCUCAUUAUUCCUAUUGGGCCAAUUACUGAUGUAGACAAAAUGGAAAUUGAGAUGAUACAUAAGAUAUUUUACUCCAAAGAGCACUUCAUGGUGCUUUUCACCACAGAAUUCUCUGUUGACCAAAAAGUGACACAUUUUGUGACAUCCACACAAUCUCAAAACAUUGUCAGUCUCUAUGGGACUUGGUACAGUGUGAUGGGGUUGAAAGACCACAGAAGCACCAAACAGAUCUCUGACCUGUUGGAAUGUAUAGAGAUGAUUAAUUUGAAACCCUAUUCACUUCAGAUGUACAUGAAAGCACAAGAGAAGACAUCUAGGCUUGAAUUAGAGGCUCAAAUUAGCAAAAUGGACAGUAAAAUAAAAGAGCUGCAGCAGAAAAUUCAUCAAGAGGGUGAUGAAGAGGCACCAGAUUCAAACUCUUUAAGAAUUGUGCUGAUUGGAAAGACAGGAAAUGGAAAAAGUGAAACAGGAAACACCAUUCUAGCGAAAAACGAGUUUAAUGCUGAACCCAGUACAGAUUCUGUGACGACUGUCUGCAUGAAAGGAGUUGGAGAGCUUCAGGGUAUAUCUGUAGCUGUUGUAGAUACUCCAGGUCUCUUUGACACCACACUGUCAAAUGAACAAGUGCAGGAAGAAAUUGUGAAAUGUGUUUCCCUGUCAGCACCUGGACCCCAUGUCUUCAUUAUUGUUGUGAGUGUGGGAAGAUUCACUAAGGAGGAGAAAGACACUCUCAGUCUGAUAAAGGGGAUUUUUGGUUUAAAGGCUGCACAGUUCAGCAUUGUUCUGUUCACAAGAGGAGAUGACCUGGGGAACCAAACAAUAGAACAAUAUGUAGAGAAAAGUAGAAGUGCAGAACUCAAGAAAUUGAUCAAUGAAUGUGGAAACAGGUUUUUGGUUUUUAAUAACAAAAAAAAGGAAGAUCACACACAAGUUACUCAGCUAUUUGAUAUGAUAGAACAGGUGAAAAAAUAUAAUCAUGGGCAAUAUUUCACAAAUGAAAUGUUUGAGGAAGCAGAGAUGUCUAUUAAAAAAAGAGUGGAGGAAAUACUGAAAGAAAAAGAGAGAGAAAUACAAGCAAAAUAUGACAUGGAAAUGGAAAAUAUGAUGGCAAGACUGAAAGAGGAGAAACGGAAUGCAGAUGAGGAAAGGAAGAAAAUGGACAAACAGAUCAGAGAAAAAGAGGAGACUCUCAAAAAAGAGUUUGAAGAGAAAGAUAAAAAAGAACUGAAGAGACGAGAGGAGGAGGACAAGAGACGAUCAGAUGCAGAAAAACAACAAAAAGCUGAAUAUCACCAAAAUAUUGAAAAGAUACAGAGAGAAAUGGAAAAUCAGAGAUCACUCUAUGAAAAACAGCAAAGAGAAAAAGAAGAGGAGCAUAAAAAGAGAGAGGAGAAAUUUAAACAAGAUCAAAAAAAGCUUAAAGAUGAGCAAAAGCAUGUCAUGGCAGAAUUAAAAAGGGAACAGGAAGAGGAAACUAAAAGGAAACAUUUGGAUGAACGAAGGAGGAUAAAGGAGGAAGAAGAAGAGAGACAGAGAUGGGAAAGAAAAAUAAAAGAGCAUGAAAAUGACAAAAAGGACAUUCAAGAGAACAUUAAACAACAGCAGAGAGAAUGGGAAGAGGAAAAGAAAAGACAGAUGAGAGAACGAGAGGAAGAGGACAGAAAGAGAAAAGAAAGACAUGAUGAACAAUUGAGAGAAAAACAAGUGGAACUGGAGAAAAUGAUAAAGAAAUCUGAAAGAGAGAGAGAAGAAGAGAGACAAAAGAUAGAGGAGGAGAGACAGCAAUGGAGAUAUGCAGAGAGAAGAGUAAGAGAGCAAAAAGAAAGGGAUUUUGAAGAAAAGAAAAAUGAAAUGAAAAAGCAUUAUGAGCAGUUGGCACAAGAGAGGAAUCAGGAGUGGGAGAGAAUUAAACAAAUGGAAGAUGAGAGACGAGAAGAGGAGAAAAGGAGAUGGAAGAAAAUGAUAGACGAUCUUAAAAAAGAGCAAGAAGAGGAGAUCAGCAAAAGAAAAGAAAAAGAAGAAAAAGAACAUGAUAAAAUGAAAGAGGAAUAUGAACAGAAAAUUAGAUAUAUAAAAAAGGAACAUGAAGAUGAAGCCAGAAAACAAGCAGAGACAUUUAAUGAGUUCUGCAAGAAUAAAGAUCAGCUCACCAAUGAGCUCAGUGAGAAGCUUGAAAAAAAACUAAAAGAAUAUCAAGACCUGGCAGAACUGUAUAAUCACUUCCGAGAACAAACAAGUGGGCAAGGAUUCUGGGAGAAAUGUGUCAUUCAAUGAAAAAAAAAAACAUGACUUUAAUGUGAAAUGACUGAGUGUAGGUGGUUUCUUAAUAUAACAAAGGAGGUGUAUACAAUCUAAGGAUUCUUCAU